UCGGACCGGACCUAGACCCAACCCACGCCCCCGGCCCGGACCGCGCCAUGCGGGGCUCGAGGGUGGCUCUGGGGCUCUUCCUGGCUCUUCGCUCCGUGCUCAGUGGGAUGGAGGUGCAGUGGUGCACCACCUCAGACCCGGAGCAGCAGAAAUGCAGUGACAUGAGCAGUGCCUUCCAGAGAGCCGGGAUCCAGCCCUCCCUCCUGUGCAUCCAGGGCACCUCAGCAGACCACUGUGUCCAGCUCAUCGCGGCUCGGGAAGCUGAUGCCAUCACUCUGGAUGGGGGAGCCAUUUAUGAGGCGGGGAAGGAGCAUGGCCUGAAGCCCGUGGUGGGUGAAGUGUAUGAUCAAGAGGUUGGUACCUCCUAUUAUGCGGUAGCUGUGGUGAAAAGGAGCUCCAACCUGACCAUCAACACCCUGAAGGGCGUGAAGUCCUGCCACACCGGCAUCAACAGGACAGUGGGCUGGAACGUGCCCGUGGGCUACCUGGUGGAGAGCGGCAGCCUCUCGGUGAUGGGCUGUGAUGUGCUCAAAGCCGUCAGCGAGUAUUUUGGGGGCAGUUGUGUCCCUGGAGCAGGAGAGACCAGUUACUCCAAAUCCCUCUGUCAUCUCUGCCGGGGCAACGCUGCAGGGGAGGGGGUGUGUGACAAGAGCCCCCUGGAGAGAUACUACGACUACAGUGGAGCCUUCCGGUGCCUGGCCGAAGGGGCAGGGGAUGUGGCCUUUGUGAAGCACAGCACGGUGCUGGAGAACACUGACGGAAAAACCCUGCCCUCCUGGGGCCAGGGGCUGCUGUCACAGGACUUCGAACUGCUGUGUCUGGAUGGCAGCCGGGCUGACGUCACUGAAUGGAGACAGUGUCACCUAGCCCGGGUGCCAGCUCAUGCUGUGGUGGUCCGGGCUGACACAGAUGGGGGCCUCAUCUUCCGGCUGCUCAACGAAGGCCAGCGUCUGUUCAGCCAUGAGAACAGUAGCUUCCAGAUGUUCAGCUCGGAGGCCUAUGGCCAGAAGAACCUGCUAUUCAAAGACGCCACCUCCGAGCUGGUGCCCAUCGCCACACAGACCUACGAGGCAUGGCUGGGACCUGAGUACCUGCGUGCCAUGAAGGGUCUCCUCUGUGACUCCAACCGGCUGCCCCACUACCUGCACUGGUGUGUGCUGUCCACUCCUGAGAUCCAGAAGUGUGGGGACAUGGCUGUGGCCUUCAGUCGGCAGAGGCUCAGGCCGGAGAUCCAGUGUGUGUCGGCUGAGUCCCCCAAGCACUGCAUGGAAGGAAUCCAGGCAGGGCAAAUUGACGCUGUGACUCUGAGGGGCGAGGACAUUUACACAGCAGGGAAGAUGUACGGCCUGGUUCCUGCGGCUGGAGAGCAAUAUGCCCCGGAAGACAGGAGCAACUCAUACUUCGUGGUGGCCGUGGUGAAGCGGAACAGCUCCUACGCCUUCUCCCUGAACGAGCUGCGGGGCAAGCGCUCCUGCCACUCUGCCUUGGGCAGCCCUGCUGGCUGGGACAUCCCUGUGGGCGCCCUGGUGCAAAGGGGCUUCAUCCAGCCCAAGGACUGUGACGUCCUCACAGCGGUGAGCGAGUUCUUCAGCGCCAGCUGCGUGCCCGUGAACAACCCCAAGCUCUACCCGUCUUCGCUGUGUGCGCUCUGCGCGGGGGACGAGCAGGGCCACAACAAGUGCGUGGGCAACAGCCAGGAGCGGUACUUCGGCUACAGUGGUGCCUUCAGGUGCCUGGCUGAGAAUGCGGGGGACGUUGCCUUUGUCAAGCACUCGACGGUCUUUGAAAACACAAAUGGCCACAAUUCUGAGCCCUGGGCUGCUGCACUCAGGUCGGAGGACUACGAGCUGCUGUGUCCCAAUGGGGCCCGGGCCGAGGUGUUUCAGUUCGAAGACUGCAACCUGGCACAGAUACCCUCCCAUGCCGUCAUGGUCCGGCCGGACACCAACAUCUUUGCCGUGUAUGGACUGCUGGAUAAGGCCCAGGACCUGUUUGGAGAUGACCACAAUAAGAAUGGGUUCAAAAUGUUCGACUCCUCCGACUAUCAUGGCCAAGAUCUGCUUUUCAAGGAUGCCACGAUCCGGGCAGAGCCUGUGAGGGAGAAAACCACGUACCUUGACUGGCUGGGCCCCGACUACGUGGCGGCUCUGGAAGGGAUGCUGUCUCAGCAGUGCUCCCGCGCAGCAGUCACUGCCUCCAGGGCCUCCCUGCUCUUGCUGUUGCUCCCACUGGCCCUCGCUGCCGGCCACCUCCAGCUCUCCCUCUGAAGCAGCUCUGGGCAAGCCUCCCCCUCCCUUGGAAUGGAAACCUACUCAGAAAUCUCUAUAAAUAAGGUGGUUCUCAGUAAAUCCAGCUAACACUCGGAGAGAAAUGUGAUGGGAGGGGAAAUGUGAGACACCACGGAGCUCUUCAGAGCUGUGAUCCCAACACUGAAGUUUCUGUGAUUGCGUCAAAGUGGAAUAAAGAUGGAUGUUAAAGAAAAGUCCCCCAACCUCGAGUUCUCAAGUUGGACCUGAGCAGGUCUCUCCUGCUGAAACCCAGCCUCUGCCUCCCAGGCACCACCUGUCCCUCUGCUACCUGAGGCAGCUGGCCCGCUUCCCAGUCACGGCUCACCCACAGGCUGGCACUGCCUCCCUGCAAACCUGCAGGCUCCCGCUGCAUGGGGCCUCCCUCACCAGGCUUGGGCUUGGAAAAGGCCAGUUACCAAGGAAACAGGCUCAGCCAGACUUCCCACACGGCCCCCUCUGCUGGAGCCACCCGGGGGGC